CUUUGUGGCUGCUAUUUCAAUUGUACACAACAAACAGCUGAUUGGAUUAAGAAUUAAACAAAUUUUUGCAAUAAACAACAUUUAUUUCUUAAACGUUAAAUAAACGUAUAAGCAAAACCAUGAAUGUUGACGAAUCCACAAUGGAAAUGGACCCGCAGUUGGCCAAGAAAUUAUUCGCCACCGGUGCGGUGUUGGUUAUAACUGGCGCGCCAGUCGGCACAGAAUUCGGCAUUGAUCUGUGCAACUACACAAUCGGUGAGAAAUUUCGUGGCGUGAAAAUGAUACCACCCGGUCCACAUUACGUCUGGUGUGCAUCCUGCGGUCCAUAUGGUGAUGUUGCGCCACGCGUGGGUUUUGUGCAUUACUUCAAAAGCGAAGAGGUGGUUGUGCGUGAGUGGAGCCAAAGCGAGGAAGAAUUGCAAGAAAGUCAAUCCGAUGAUAAAGAAUUGGAAAAGAAACGUAUACGUGAUAAUCUGAAGGAAUUCGAUAGUUUUCUUGCACCAUAUGACUAUCGAUUUUACAAUAAAUGGAAACUGCUAACAGACAAGGUGACCGAGAGCACAGUAGAUCGUUGUCGACCAACAUUAGGCCCAAUACGUACAAAUGUUGAAUUGCAAUCUUGUACAGAUGAGGAACGACCAAGAGGCACGCUGCAUGCAAACAAUUUGCAGCAGCAGAAAAGUAGUAAAACAAUUGUAAAUGAAAGUGACUUACUACCCAACUUAAAACCGGUGGAAGGCACCGCACCACGUUUCACAGAACUACCAGCGCGUGUACCAGAGAAUGCCACGCCAGCUGAAGUAUCACGCCACAGCAUCGAUUGUGUACAAGCAAUUGAGCAACUUGUUGGCAUGUUUCACAGUUCGGAGGCUUUAAUCGAGGAGGAACAAUUGGCUUUUGUUUUCUUUUUGGUUGGUUGUUCGGUAGAGUCACUGGCCCAUUGGCGUAAUAUACUACACUUGUUGGCACACUCUGAGCAAGCUGUGCAAAAUUUCAAAAUACUUUAUAUGAAAUAUGCAGAAGCAUUGAUGCAACAAGUGCCACACCUGCCCGAAGAGCUAAUGGAACCAGGUGAAUAUAAUACAGUCUAUAAAGAUGUGCGUGCACUGCUAGUCAACAUGAAUUUGGCUGGUUUGGGUGUGAGUGCUGAUAAACUUAGUAGAAAAUUAGAAAAAACUUUGCAAUGGCACUUUGACGGUUUGCUCGAUGAAGAUCCUGAAGAUAUGCCCGUUAUAGUAGAGAUGACUUAGAUUUAUAGCUAUGCUAUAAGAAUUUGAAAAAUAUAUUUGCAGAGUUACAUAGCACAUAAAUAAUUGGCUUCUAUUUGUGCUUUCAACACGUCAGUAAGACUUUUAUCACCGUCCA